UAGUCUCACUCCACAGGAUUUAUCCGGAUUCAUCGUGACAGAAAUUCACCGUUUAAAAAAUACCAGUGAGAUGGCAUCCGAAGAAAACGUUCGAAUUUUAAACAUUAAGCAAUUAGCAGAUACGUCGAGAAUACCGGCUGUUGAAUUGUCAAAGAAAAUGCAGAAAACUAUGCUACAAUUGAAAGGCGAGUUUAUACUGGAAGAUGGGAAAGGUGUUGACUAUGUGAGGAUGAAAGGGAGUCAACUGUUUCAUGAUUAUAAGGAUAGUUUGGCUCCCCAGCUUCAAAAUGUUUCUCUUGAUGACAUCUCUGGGGAUGAGAAAAAGGCUUUCUUUAUAAAUGUGUACAAUGCUUUAACUAUCCAUGGCCUUGUUGAACAGUCUGAGUUACCACAGUCAGUACUUAAAGUUCAACAUUUUUGGAAAACUACGCAGUACAACAUUGGAGGAUUAAAUUACAGUCUAGAUGACAUAGAACAUGGUAUACUUAGAGGUAAUAGAGGUCAUCCUGCUUCAAUAAACCCGCAAUUUAAAGCUGGUGAUCCAAGACUCAAGUAUGUUGUCAAUGAACUGGAUCCAAGGAUACAUUUUGCUCUUGUUUGUGGUGCCAAGUCUUGUCCAGCAAUAAAUGUUUAUUCUGGCGGAAAUAUAGAUAAAGCACUAGAUGGAGCUACCCGUAGUUUCUGUGCACAGGAAGUGUCCAUGUUCACUGAGGUAGAUGAAAUCUGGUUGUCAAGAAUUUUUCAAUGGUAUUCUCAAGACUUUGGUAACACAGACCUGGAUGUCAUCAAGUGGAUAGUGCCAUACCUCGACAAAAAAGUGCAGGAACGUGCAGAAAUACUCUUGUUCAAAUUAGACAAAAUCAAACCAAUUGACAUUAAGUAUAACGAAUAUGAUUGGGGAUUGAAUGGACCCAAACCAAAGUAUGACCCAACAGAAAUUCACCCAAAUGAUUUGAUGGAAAUGGAAAACAAAAUGUAAUUUCUCCAUCUGAAAUAGAAUGUUUAUGGUACUUUCCAUAAUACCAUUAAAAUGAAGAGUUACCUGAUAUUAAUUAUAGGCAGAGAAAGCUAUUUGUAGUUCUGUAUUAAUCCUCCGAUUUUCUGCUUCCAGCUACCUUGUUUUGAUAACAUGAAAUGUGAAGUCAUAACUGAUCAGCUUUUGCACAUUCUUGUGUUCUGCUAGGGGUUAUGAUUUUGGACUUUUUUGGUUCUUGGCUGUUAACUUAUAUUGGUCACAUGAUGAUUAUAUACAACUGUAUUAAUAAAUUUUGAUUACAUGCCAAUUCUAUAUUACAUUGAAUAUUACAAUAAUAUUACUGAGGAAAAUUAUUGACUAGUAUAUUUUGUAACCAGUUGUUAUAAACAGAGACCAAUAUUUACUUAAGCUCACGUUAAAAUACAUUGACAUAAAUCAUUGUGAUAUAAUUUUUUCCUUGGUUUUUAAUUUAUUUGGCAUUAAUGCAGUGAUUGCUACCUCAUACCUGUUUUGUGUUAGAAAUGUUAGAACAACUCUUUGUCAUAAAUAAGUAUUUUACUUCACUGUUUCCUGUUUUAUGCCUCCAGAUUGGGAAAGCAUAUUGUUGUGAUCUUUGUGUUUGUCUUGACCAUAACACAGAAAUCCUUUCACCUACAUAGGUGGCUAGAAUCUUCCUGCAUGACACCCUUAAUGGUCACAGGGUCACAGGUCAAGAUCACUAGGUCAAGGCCACUUGGACAUGUUCAUUUUCAGUUUGUCUGUUUUGAAAAAAAGUCAAGCAAUAAUGAUUGCUGCAUUAUUGUCAUGCAAAAACCAAUGUAGCCCAUUAUUCAAACAUUUUAAAAGUUAUUAACAUGAAUCUUGGAGUACUUGUUUAUCUUGACAAUGUGUAGUUGUUAGACAAGGGGCAUAAUUCUGAAAGCUGUAUUUUUGGAGUAAUGCCCCUAAUGAUUAUUUUUUGUGAAAAGUGAUUAUUUCAACAGAAGAAAGAUAACACUGCUCGUAGGGCUAUUGUUAGAAGCUUUUAUAGAUUUAAUAAACUGUUUUUACUGAAGAACAUUCAUUUUCCAAUUAAUACCAGUUCAUUUAAUAUCCACAUAUUAUAGAAUUAUUAUGAUACAGUUAGUUCUUUGAAGGUAGUAAGAAUAAUGAAAUAUAGGGGUGUCACAUUUAUCCAAUUUUUAUGCCCCCGCCAUGUAAUG